AUGAUGAACGAAAUAAGAGACCCUGAUUUUGUAAUAGAUAUAAUCGGAGCUUCUUUAUCACGGGAUGAUGAGGAAGAAAGAGAAGAAGCAGGAUUAAUUGUGAAAAUUAAACAAUUUUUCACCAAACCUGAUGGUGAAAGGUCGUACCGUACAAUUUUAAAUCAUGCUUUAUCAACUUUCUUAUUGUCCAAACCAAUUAAAGUUGGAACUACACAACUCUAUGAAUUAAUCGAAAAAGUUACAAUUCAAACUUCAAAUCCAGAAGAAAGUCAAUUUCCGACAGAACCAGUCAAUACUGAACUCUCCAGAGGAUUUUGCAUUAGUUUACCUGAACUUGGAGAUUUUAUAAUUUCUCACGAUGGAAAUAUCAUUAUUAAUGGCAAUGAAAACAUGAAAGAUAAAACAGUUGAAAUAAUAUCUCCUAAUCAGGUUGUUCUGCAAAAUGUUCCACAGUCAAAUUUAAUUAUUGAGGCAACAGCGGUACUUGUUUUAGACGAAUCUAACAUUCAACUCAAUAGUUUAACUGUUUCACACUCGAACUAUUCUCCUUACGAAUAUGCAUUCUUGAUUUUAAAUCCAAAUGCAUCGCUUAUAGUGGAAAAACUAUUUCUCGAUAAAACAAUAGUUCAUAACAUUGGAGAGUUAUAUGUUGAUUCUAUUAUCUCUAACAGUGGUACAAUUAUUAAUUCCUGUAAUGUUUUUUGUGAUCGAAUUGAUAAUCUUACUUAUUAUUAUGGAUCAAAUGAUUCUACAUUGGUUGGAUAUGGAAAUCUGUCAAUCCUAUCCAAAUAUUUAACUAAUAAUGGUAAAAUCAGUGGCGAAAAUGUUAGUCUUACAGUUUCUCAAGUUAUUCACAAUCAUGGUGAGAUCAUUUCUCAAAAAGAUAUGAAGAUUACUUCAAUUGCUCAAACACUCAAUGAAGGAACUUUAGAAAGCUCAAAUGGAAAAAUCACAUUUUGCGGUGAUACAUUUUCUUCAACUAAUAACAGUAGUAUUAGGGCAAAAAUUACUAAAUUCCUAACUAAUUUCACAAUACUAAAUGGAAACUUAAGAACUAACACAUCAAUAUUCAACAACAAUGUCCAACUUUAUUCUGAACUCACAGUUCAACAUGCUGAAGUCAGAGGAAUUUUAUUUAAUUUCAGCAUCUUCAUUGCAAAUGGCACAAUUUCAUUUCUUGGAGAAAAAACAGUUCUGAUAAAUUCUGGUAUAGUUCAUGCCCAAAAGAUCAUAAGUGAGGCAGAAGAAUGCCUUAUUUCUGAUCGAAUAGAAAAGCUUGAAAAUAUUCCACAAAUGGAGAAAAUUACAAAUGAAAAUUGUUUUAUCUCAUGUUGUGAACUCAAUGUCAGAUCCACUUUGCAGAUCGAGGCAAAAUUCGAUGAAAUUGAUCAGAUAUCAGUUUUCAAAGAUGGCAAACUAAAUAUCACAGAAGACUCAAGUAUUAAUCAUCUUAAGUCAUUGUUCAACCAUGGAAAAUCAGUUUUGAUGAAAGCAUCUCCAGAUUUGAAAUAUAUAAUGAAUUCUCCAGAUGCUUACCUUUAUCUUGAUUCAAAUACAACAUAUGAAAAUAUAGAAGAUAUUUCAGAAAUCUUAGGCGAAUCAGUUAUAGGUGAUAGAUUUCCCAAAAUUAUUGAUCUUUAUCUAAAUAGAUCAACAACAAUGACACUCUUACACGGAGAUGAAUUUAUCAAUAUCAAGAGUAUUUUCAUUCUCAAGAAAUCAUCCUUAAUGAUGUCACUUACAAAAUAUACUCAAUUAGAAAACAUCCAAACUGAUGGAGUUCUUAUUUUGACAAAGGACAGUGAUGGAAAUUACAAAGGUGAUCCAAAAAUAGUCCAUGAUUUUCCAAAGCUUUAUUAUUUAGGUUCAGUAGAUUCGACAUUAGAACUUCAAGAUGAUGUUAUCUUUCACAUUGGAGAGAUAAACAAUUGUGGAACAAUCAGAUCAGACAACAAUAUUCACAUUUAUGUUCCAAAAGAACUUAUUAAUAGAUAUGGAACAAAAGCAUUUGCAAAGCGUUUCACAUUUCAUUUUUCAUGUUGCAUAAUUUUCACAGAAGAUUCAAACAUCCCUGAUUUCUUAGGCUGCAAUGAAGUAGUCUUUGAUAUCAAAGAUAUCUUCUUUAAAGGAUUUGGAAUUUCAACACAUUUGAUAAUUAAUGCAGAAAGAGUUCAAAUUCAAGAGAAAUCAAUUAACUAUUUCUAUAGCUUGGAUAUUCGUGCAAAAAGUAUUCUUAUAUUAGGACAUCUCAACAUUCUUGAACAUUUCAACUGUAAUUGUGAUAUAUUUAAAUCAUACAAAGGAACCAUUCAAACAUUCCAAACUAUUAAGAUCAAAUGUAAUGAAUUCAUCAAUGAAUGUGAAGGAAUGAGAUUACCACUCGAUUAUGAAUAUCUCAUUGUCCGUCCAGAAAAGGAAAUUCCAUUUUUGGUUCCUCAAUUUUAUGCAUCACUUAUGAGCCUUGGAGGUGUUGAAGUCGAGUGCAACAGGGCUACCAAUCUUUAUGCAACAAUAUAUGGAAAGAACUUUGCAAUGAUCAAUUCCAAAGAAAAACUUGUCAAUUUUGCUGGAUUUAUUAUCUCAGAGGGAUUUAUUGAUAUCAAAACAGGAAAUUUAUUCAAUGCAAAGCUUGAAUAUCAAUUUAAAUUUGAUCAAUUUCCAUAUUAUACUCGUGGAACGAUAUCUUCCCUUGGCCAGAUCUCAAUUCAAAUGAAAGAGUUAGAUGGCGUUGGAAGUAUAGUAUCGAAUCAGGAUGUUAUAAUAAAUGGAAGAAAGCUCCUCAGUGAAGGUUCUAUUGUUGCAAAUAAUAUUGUUCGCCUUGAUAUCACCAGGGUGAGUUUCAAUGAAUUGAAUAUCAAAGCAAAGAAUAUUGAUAUCGAAACAAGGUUUUCUGCAAUCCUUAAAGGGCGAUUUGCUGAAAAGAAGGAGAUCACUCCAAACGGAUAUUAUGUUGAUAUUACUGGAAUGGCGAUGAAUAUGAGCUUCAUGCUUUUUGAUGAACACAUAUUUGGACCGGACUAUAUUCAUAAGAGAUACAUUCCAAAAAAGAAUGAAAUAUCAGAUUGUUCAUUCACAGUCAAGUAUCCAUCAACAUCGGCUAUUAAAGGAACUGAAAAGAAUCAAAAGGAAUUCAUUUCUUAUAUUCCAGACCUUUUAAUGGCAAAAGUAAUCGAAUUGGUUCUUCGUCCAUUCUAUGGAUUCAAUAAUAAUCCGAAAAAGCAAUAUGAUAUCCUUCUUAAAUUGGAAAAGAAUGGAAUUUGGCUCAAAAACCAUCCAGAUCCAGAGACUCUCGAUAUUGCAUUGUUUUAUAGUGACAAGUACACAGAAAUUAAUAUUCUUGACAAAACAACUAACAAUACGAGGACAAUUCAAAGAAGACAGCCAAUUUUAAUGAUUCCGUAUGCUUUGGAACAAAAAGGAAACUUUAUUAAAGCAGUUCAAUCCUUAAGAAUUGCAAGUGGUUGUAAUAUUACAAUUCAUCAUGAUCAUAAUAUAUCUGCCAAAAAUUUGACUUUGGAAGCAGGUUCAAACAUUAUUAUUGAGCCAUCUGUUUCGAAAAUUGAAAGUCAUUCCAUGUUUCAUCAUUACCAAAAAGAUUCUGUUACCCCCGUAAUAAUAGACAUUCCAGGUGAUUUAGUUGUAAUUGGAAAGAAAGGAAUAGAUAAUAAAGCCGGUCAAUUGGUUGCCAAUAAUAUUGUUUUAAGGACAGAUGGAGAUAUUAAUGAUCAUUGUGUCGCAGAAAAGGAAUUCAAGAAACAAUGGAUGUUUUUCUGUCCCAGUCGCACGAUGGAAACAGAAAAACUUAUUUGUUCACAAUAUCAUGCAAAAUGCGAGAUUUUCAAAAUUGCAAAGCAUGGAAGUAUCAAUGAAAAAGCAACACAAUUGUCUGCUGGCAAAAGGAUUACAUAUGAUACCAUUAAUCAUAGAUGUCAAGCUGAAUUCGUUCACAUUUAUAAUGCAGAUAAAUGGUCAAAGAUUCAUGUUGAUGAUCCUCAUGGUUCUCUGAUUCAAGCACCUGAAAUUGUUUUACAUACAUUCAAGACAAGUUCUCUAGGUACACAAAUGAUUUUUGACAAUUUAGAAGUUCAUGGCGACAUCGAGUUUAAGGGAGCAAUCGGCAAGAAAAUAACUGAGAAAAUAAAAGUUAAAAGAAAAAGAUUCCUUGGAGCAAGUGUUGGCAAAACGAAAAUUACCAUUAAUUCCGAUGAAGAAAUAUUUUUACCAUCAGUGAUUUUAGGAAAAGAAAUAAAUUGUAUUGGAAAAGGUAACUUUCUUCUUGAAGGCGCAAUAGGAGAUAUCCUUAAGCUGAAUAUUGGAAAGAAGAAUUUAAUAGACAAAGUUUAUUUAAAGCAUUCAAAAUCUACUGUGAAAAUUCAUUCUUCAGGAAUAAUUACUCCAAAGAUAAAAGCAGACCCACUCAUUGAUGCAUGGAAAGAAUUGCAAAACACUCAUUCGAUUCAAGAUGGAGUCCCAUCAUUGUUAAAUCUUGCAUCUGUCUCUGUUCAAACAGCAUCCCAAUUUGUACAACUUGCCAAUCUUUCGAAAUUAUCUGAUCCAACACAAUUCAUUCUUCAAACUUUUUGUGGAAGAUAUAUCUCAAGUUUUGGUUAUCAUAACAUUUUAACAACAAUCAACACUGAACAAACAACAGCUGUUCAAUCUCAUAUGAAAGUUGGUGUUCUAUUUGUUGAUAAUGAUUUCACUCAUCUUGAAGGAAUUUGGGAUGUUGAUUCGGCAGAAAUUUACACAAAAGAAUUUUCGAUGAAAGCUUCUCAAAAUAUAACUCAAACUCAUGUUAAGAGCAAAGGGUUUUCCGUUAUGUUUAGUCCAUUAAAUUUCCUGAAGUAUGGAGGAAUUGUUCCAGGAUUGUCUGCAAUGUGUUUGUUACCAAUAGUAAAUGGCUUUUAUAAUGGCAGUAAAAGCUAUUUAAGUCAGAAUGUUCCUGCUAAGUUCAAUGCUAACCGCUUGCUCCUUCAGUGCAAUAAUGCUCUGAUUUUGGGUUCUCAAGUGAAGGCAAAAAUCGUUUCAAUGCUUGUUUCUGGAAAUUUAACAGUAGAAACAUUUACAGAUUUGUUCAAAGAGCACGCUCUUUCAGCAAGCAUUACUUUGAAUUGCUCUAAAAUAAUGGAUGAAGUUAAGAACACAAGCCCCGAUGUGAGAAUUGGAAGAGAAGACAAAAUUAACAAAUACAUUGAUAAUAUUGCCAGUCUAGUAGGAACCGAAGAAUUCUACUUUAAAGUAGGUUGUGACUUGAUAAAAAGAAAUGCAUUUGUUGGAUUGACACCAGCUGGACGAAUUUGCAAAGAAGGUGAAGAAGAAAUUGUUGCAAAGCAAAUCAUUGAAGAAAAUGUUGAAGAAAUCAAAUACAAGAAUCAACACGUCUUCAGGACUAAUGCAAAUGAACUUAUCGGAUUUAUGGAUUCUAUAAAUGAAUUCAAUGAAAUCCGUGCCAAGCUUUCAGAAGCUGAACAGUGUGAAAAGGAGUCGCAGCAAAACAAGCAAGAUGAAUUGGAAAAGUUGAAGAGAAAUAUUGAAAAAUUCAAGGAAAUCAAAGAGAAACUUUCAAAUGCUUGCAAAACAUUUCGCAAAAGGAUGAAAAAUAUUGCAACGGAGACAAAAUCAUUAACUGCAAGCAAAGAAACAAUUGUUAAAAAAGAUCAAGCCUUCACUCAAAUCAAGCAAGAAGUAGACACAAUUUCAAGCGAAUUGAAUCGCAUUAUAGAAGAAUAUAAUGCAUUUUCAAGCGUCAUUCCUCAAAAUCAGAAAUCUUACUUUGAUGAAACAAUUAAUGUUUUCAAACAGAUUGGAAACAAAAUUGUUGAAUUCUGCCGCGUAUAUAAUGAUGUACGCGAUAAAGGUGAAGCCUAUAUCCAGAAUGCUGAAUUAUUCAAUGAUGACGAAGAAGUCGAAUUCAGAUAUCAAUUCAAGCAAGAACUUGUUGAUCUUCCAUUAGAUGAAGAAUAUAAUUUUUUUGUUGAAGUUUCAAGAGCAAUGAUUGAUAUCGCUGGAAUAUCUGCAUAUGCAGGAUCUAUAUCAAAGUUCUCUAGACUCUCAAGAGCUCUUUCUCGACAAAUAACUUCGAAAAAUAUAAACAAAAGAUUACUUCGAACCCUUCAUAGUCAAUUUGAAGAAGCAGGUUUACUCACAAGAACAGGUCAAUUGACACAAGAAGCAAUUGAUUCUUCCACACAAAUCAUAAAAUUCUCCAAGUUGAAGAACGAAGCUCUCAAAAAUGAGAUGAACCUAAUUAAUGACAAUCAAAUGUGGUGCAAAUACAAGACUAAGUCUGUUGAAUUGUACAAUGGCCAAAAGGCGCGAAUUCACUAUUACAAGAACAGUGAAACCGGUGAACUUUUCCUAAACCGUGAUUUCAAAAUAAAGUUGGGUGAUGACAGUAUCCCACUGAAGUGA